CCACCCCUUUGUGAGGACUUAUUAUCAUCUGUUGAUCAACCACUUAAGAUUGCUAGGGAUAAAAGUACAGGAAAAGAUUACCUUCUCUGUGACUACAAUCGAGAUGGUGACUCCUACAGGUAAAUAGUACUCUGUUUUCAAAAAUAAUAAUAUUGUUAUUAACCCAUUCGCCCCUAAACCAUGAUUUUUUGCCAAAAAGGGGUAAAUAAUGAAAUCCAUUAGGAAAUUGAGUAAUUUUAAUUUUCAGUGGACAAAACCUUUUACCAGAAUAAUUUCAAGCAUAUUGCAUUCUUUUUCACACUUUUCAAGGGCUAUAAAGUAAUAAGUUGUAUAAAAUAACUCUGAAGAAAAGGUUCUUAUUGCAGCCCGAGAAACAAACUUCAAAAGCCUCAAAUUUCACAAAAUGAAAUCUUGUGCAUGACAAUUUUACCUGUCUUCUCUCAGUUCCUGUGAAAUGUGAAAUUUAUUUUCUCGGGCUCCCAUAAGAAAUUGUCUUUGGUGUUAUUACUGAUAACUAAUUACAUCUAUAACCCUUGAAAAGUGUGAAGCUGUGGUUUAUAGGACACUGUUGGAGAAGAAAGGAUGAGGUGAUAAGUGAACUACUACUCUGGGAACCAAAGCAUGGUGCAAGAAGGAGAGGAAGACCAGCAACAACAUAUAUAGACCAGCUGCGAGAUGAUACUGGUUUGAGCAUUGCUGAACUGAAGAGCAUCAUGGGAAACCGGGAGGAGUGGUUGAAGCUAGUUAAUGGAGUUCGAGUUCGCUCGAAAUAAGCAUGGCAUAAAAUAUUCUGGUACAAGGUUUUUGUCCACUGAAAAUUGAAAUCACUCAAUUUCCUAAUGGAUUCCGUCUUAAAUAUAAUUAUAACACUGUACAAUCUUGCACUGUAAAUCCCUGGAGGCUUUUCGGUUGUAGACUUAACAGUCAAGCUACAAUCUUUGUUAGAAGUGGUCAACUAGCCUAACCCUACAAAUGCAGACAUAUUUCCAGCUUUUGUCACUUUUUUCACCAAGCCACCAGUGCUUGCAGCCAUUCCUUGUCAGGAGAGAUGUGACAGGUGGAAAUGCUCUGCUUUCUCAGACUCAGCCACCUUUGUCCCUGUAGCUUUUCUCAUCACGGCAAAACAAAUUCAAAUGGUUUAAUGUUUUAUGUUUCUUCUUAGAUCGCCAUGGAGUAACACAUAUGAUCCUCCUUUGGAUGAUGGAGCAGUGCCCUCUGACAGAUUAAGGAAGUUAGAAAUUGAUGCCAACACUGCUUUUGAUCAAUACAGGGAAAUGUAAGUCAAGCUUGUCACAAGUUUGCGGAGCUCGCAAAAAAACUUGAAUUUAAGCCUGUCCUUUGGGCAAGCAGCUUUCACAUUUUGCUUACCUGGGGCCACUUCUUGCUUGUCUUAGUUAAUGAUUUUGUCAGAGGAUAACUUGCCUGCAGGACCCUUGGCCGUAAGCCAUGAUUCCUACAAUCUUGAAAAGGUCUUGAAUUUUAGUAGUCGUCUUGAAAAGACCUUGAAUUCAGUUUAGGUCCUUCAAAAGUACUUGGUUUCUUUAUUAGGUCUUGAAAAGUCAUUGAAAUUCACAACCUUGUCUAAGCCAGAGACCUUUUUCUUUAAAACUGGAUUAUUUUGCCAAGGAAAAUUUGGCUCAUUCUCCCCCUUUAGCCAAUAGGGCGAUCAUAGGAGCUUAAAGAAUGCAAAUUUAUUAAAUAAAUCUUAGUCCUUAAAAGCUGUAAUUUGUCCUUGAAAAAUCCUUGAAAAGUCCUUGAAAUUUGUUUGUCUGAAGUUGUACGAACCAUGUAAGCUUUAAAAGUUACCUGCCCUGCUUGAAAAUCUACUUGUCCAGACCACUGGACAGGAUUUUUUUUUAGCCAUGGAUUGUUGUCAUGUUGUAUCAUAAUAGAGCAAUUUCCUUUUUGAAGCAGGUGUUUAAAUAGCCCUUGAAUGUAAAGCAUGUUGUGGCCGUUCUUGGCUUUGAAAACUCUUAGUUACUUUAGCACCCUUCACUUAUCUUUUAGCUUCUGUUGUCUAUAUUCAUGUCUAAUGAAAUAUAAAUACUCAUUGUUUUCAUUAACUUCUGUAUCUUCCAUUGAAAAGUGAAAUAAACCUGACUUGACUGGAUGUUUUAUUUGUAUCGUAUACAUAGGUAUUUUGAAGGUGGUGUGUCAUCAGUUUAUCUCUGGGAUUUAGAUCAUGGAUUUGCCGGCGUGAUCCUCAUCAAGAAAGGUUAAACUUGUCAGCUUUUUGGCUAGCUAUUACACUUCUGUGGAACUAGUUAAAAAAACUCUAUGAAGGGAAAAAAUAUUAAAAUAAACCAGUCACAUCACAGUGCAAGAAGACUACAUGUAGGGGAUCUUCAUGUAGACAGUAACAUUCAUUUCAUGUGGUGUAACAAAGUUAGUUAGGACAUAGUGAUAUCAAAAUGGACUGAUAGCAGACAUCCAGUCUAACAGGAAAAAUAGCAUACACGUAAAAUGUAUGUAUAGACUUGUUUUCCUCAUUCCUUAAGUGUCGUAUUUAUGUGCUCUGUUUUAAGCGAACAAAAAGUAACUAAGAAGAGUCAAAUGUAAAAUUCUGUCCUGUGCUGAAAUCUCCUUAUGUAGGAUUUAUUCAAAGGCUCCUAAUUAAAUGUGGCUUAUUUCUUUAACAAGGUAGUUCUUUUAUUUUAUAUUUUGUUAAAGAAAUAAGAUUUCUGUCUACCAGUAUAAAAUGCUAAUAAUGAUAAUAAUAAUUUGUAUUGUAUUGUUGUCAUGCUAAAGGCAGCCAUGGACUCCUCAUCUUUGGAGCAUUACUAUUGUUAGUAAUAUUGUGUCAAAGUGAAACUGCAUUUAGAAGGAGUGAAUUGCCAAACAGAAAAUAAUUCUUUUAAUUCCUUUUAAGUGAGAGGAAGUACUCUUUUCUUUGUGGUAAAAAGGUUUUUGCUUAUGCAUGUACUUUUAUUUUAGCUGGUGAUGGAUCAAAAAAGAUCAAAGGCUGCUGGGAUUCUAUCCAUGUUGUGGAGGUUCAGGUAUGUGUGGUUUGGUUGCCUUUAAUGAGCUACAUAAACAAUAAAAAUAAUGGGAUUUUUGGACACCUUGCAUUACUGAUUUUGUAUUCUCAAAGAUUUUCUUGAUAGGUUAGUGUUAAAUGUGUUUGUGCUGUUACCUUUCAGGAGAAAAGUGGUGGCCGACAAGCCCAUUAUAAGCUUACUUCAACUGCUAUGCUUUGGCUGCAGGUAUAAAUCUAUCAUUGAACAGUUCGAAAAGAGUACUGCAGGGAUGUAGACCCCGGUGUUGUGGUCAACCUUCACACAUCACGUCAUUCACAUCAUGGGCUUGGUGGGUGUAGUAAGCUCACAAAUGGACUGAGAGCGGCUGCCAGUGGCGCCUUUGUAUGCUGACGUCCGAGCUUACUGUUCACAUGUUAAAUGUAUUGUAAGAGGGCACGUCUGUUGUCCUCUCAUCCCAGCUCUUCAUUCUUCAUUCAUUCCUUCAUUCUCCCUAUGAUUUCCAUGCUUUUCCAAACAAAUUAGUGAGGAAACAUGAUCACACAAGAUAAAUAUAUCUGACAUCAAAUUCUCCCCACUUCUUAUAGGGACAACAGAUAAGAACUUAAACUUUGAUUCUACGGUUUAAAGGUUUAAGACCCUAGUUGGAUGGCCAAUUUUUUUGUUUGUAUUUUUUCUCUAGACUAAUAAGGCAGGAUCAGGAAUGAUGAAUUUAGGAGGGAGUUUGACAAGACAGGUAAUAGGUGUUUUUGUCACUUUUUGAUUGACAGGAUAAGGCACUGUUCUGUAACUUGAAAAUAAAGAAAACGGUCAAGGUUGACACUGUCCUUGUAACAGGGCAGAAAAAACCCAGGUGCCAUUGCCCAGGGCAAGUAAGUUUUGACUGUGGGGAAGUAAAAAUAGAAGUUUGGUGCCCCAGUGGGCAAGUGAAAUAAUAGCCUCAGUGGUUCUGUGAGUCUGUCUAAAAGUGUCAAAUUUCCAGACAGAAACUACCGUAAAAUUCCGAAAAUAGGCUCCGGGGCUUAUAUUUUUCAAAGGCCCUUUUUGAGGGGCUUAUAUUCGGAGGGGCUUAUCUAUGGAGGGAAAUUUGUGUUUCAAAAUCGAUUGGGCUAGCAUGUAGUGGGAAGGAAAUUUACCAUUUUUGCUUUGUUUUACUUUGUAUUCGAGGGCCAAUUCCAAGCACAAGCCCCCUGGGGGGCUUAUAUUCGGAGGGGCAAUUUAAUGAGGGUUUUUUGCAUUAUGAUUUUGGGGGGCUUAUAUUUGGAGGGUCUUAUACAUGGAGGGGCUUAUUUUCGGAAUUUUACAGUAUUUCAAAACUGAAGACUGCAAGGUGACUGACACAAUUAGUUGAAAGCAUGAAUAUAUCUGUAUAAAAUCCAAGUGCAGGUUUGCUUGCUCAUGUUAUUUCUCUAGGCCCAAUAUUGGUCAAAUACAAUAGUUACUCUGUAUCUGGCUCCACAUUUAGUACUAGUAAUAUCAUGCACUUUGUUUUAAUUUAUAACUUAUUAUAGACAGUACCUUAGAACUGUAGAUGAUAAGGUAUUGUGUUCCUUUUGGGCAAGCAAUAUUUAGGUGGGUGCUAGUGAAAACUGAAUUGACUUGUGCACUGGGCACUUGGAUUUCAAUUUUUUUCCACCCCUUUUAUAAUAUUGCACUAAAACAAAGUUUACUUUUAGGUUGAAGCAGACAGUGCUGUGAGUGAUGCUAGUCCUCAUAUUGCUAACAUUGGAAGGCAGGUUGAGGUAUUGUCUAAUUUGAAAAGUAUUUUACCCCAGGUGUUAUUUCAUGUCAUAGUAGUGUACUCAGCAUUGCAAAUUUAUUCUGUCCUGUUUUUUUCUUUUUCUUUUUUAAGGAAAUGGAAAACAAGAUGAGAAAUACUCUGAAUGAUAUAUACUUUGGCAAAACAAAGGAUAUUGUGAAUGCCUUGAGGUAA